AAAGACUGUUGCACAUCGUGAUGCAUUGGAUGCAUUUGCGCGUUUAGUAUAGUCAAGAAUGAGCAGUCUAUUCACGGCUUUCGGUGCUUUUGCUGUUAUUCACGCAUUGCUGUUGUGGUAAAAGACGACAGACGGGGACCACAGUCUCAUCCACUCAUCCUUUUUGGAUUUAAGGGCGCAUUUGGUUUUUUAUUUUCUCUUUUGACCUUGCCUGGCGCGCAAAAGCAGCAUGCUAAUGAUGGAGAGCGGCGGCAUAGACGCGCAUCAGGUUGAUCUCGACGCGGACUAUGAGCCGCACUGCCGGCCGAGGUCGUGCACCUGGCCGCUGCCCUGUCCGGAGGAGGAGAACCGAGCGCUGCCCGUGGCGUCCGUGAAAGUGGAGCCGCGUAACGUGCCGGCGUGCCGGAGCGGAGGGGCGCCGACGGAGUUCAAGCAUCCAGCCGGCGCCCCCGCCCCUAUCGCGGCCGCCCCGAUGUGCAUGUCCGGCGCCGCGCUGGAUGUGGCCGGGCAGCUGCGCAAAUCCAAGUCGUCGCGACGGAACGCGUGGGGCAACCAGUCGUACGCGGAUCUGAUCACGCGUGCCAUUGAGAGCACCCCCGAAAAAAGGCUCACCUUGUCCCAAAUCUAUGACUGGAUGGUGCGAUUUGUGCCCUAUUUCAAGGAUAAAGGAGACAGCAAUAGCUCCGCCGGAUGGAAGAACUCUAUCAGACACAACCUCUCCCUUCACACCCGCUUCAUCCGUGUGCAGAAUGAGGGAACAGGAAAAAGUUCCUGGUGGAUGCUUAACCCAGAGGGUGGAAAGAUGGGCAAAGGUCCCCGCCGACGAGCUGUAUCUAUGGAUAAUGGAACCAAGUACACGAAGAGCCGAGGCCGGGUCAGCCGGAAGAGAGCUGGAGUGGUGGGAAUGGCCCGAGAGCUUGGAGCACCUGGAAUACAGGGAUCACCAGAACAUGGAAGCCCAGCUGGAAAGGGAGCAAUGGGAGUGGGGAGCGAAGAGUUUGAUGCCUGGACAGACCUGCACUCCAGAACCAGUUCCUCUGCAUCAACGCUCAGUGGAUGUCUGUCACCCAUUCUGGCUGAAACAGAACCUGAUGAACCAGAAGAAGGAGGGUUAUCCUGCUCAGCCUCUCCUCGACUCUACCCUAGCCCUACCAGCACUAGAUCUCCAGCUGUGGGAACAGGGGGACACUGUCCAUCUGUCGAGCUCCCACACCUUGCUGAUCUAACAGGAGCCAUCAGCUUGGAAGAGGGCUACUCCCAGCCCCUGCCACUGAAGCGCAGUGGCUACCACUAUGGACCUGGACCCAAAGCAGAGUCCUCCUACUGUGGAACAGUCUAUGGCCAGCCAUCCAUGGGCAUGCUUAGGCAUCAUACACCUAUGCAGACCAUCCAGGAAAACAAACCUUCCACCUUCCAGCGUGCCAUCAGGGCAUACACAGAGAACAAUGCCCUUGAAAGUCUGCUAGCUGGGGGGCCACAAUACUGUGGUAAGGACAUGGCUGUAGGGCAAGGAGGAGCAUCCCAUUCACUUAUGUCACAAUCUAACAAUGCUGUGCAUGCUCACGGCCAGAAUCACAGCCAGAGUCACAAUCAUAACCACGAGCAAGACCACAAUCACAAUCCCAGUCAAAGCCUUUCUAAUGGCCAUGGAAUGAAUCAUGAGCAAAACCCAAGCCAUCAUCACAAUUCCAGUCAAGCUCAUAAUAAGCAUCAUCCAGGUCUUGACUACAGUCAUGGCCACAAACACCACCGUAGCCAUGACUACGUUCAAUCUCAUGACCACAAACUUAAUGCGAGUCCCAGUCCCAACCACAUGCACAAUCACAAUCACUUGCAUCAAAACAACUCCAGACAACCUGACCUUUCUCCCAGGGUCAACAGUGACAUUUUGCAUCCCUACAACCACAAAUCAACCAACAUAUAUGGCCCACGUGCUCACCUCCCUUCCACUGCGCUGCCUCCUAACCCUGCCAGUGUCUUGGAUGUGCCCCAGGACCCCUGUUGCCUGGCUUCAGCACCGCAACCUCGCCAUCAGUCCUACCCAGGUGCCCCCCUCCACCAGGGUAUGACAGAACCUUGGCAUGGGUACUACCACCACCCAUCACAGAAUCCUAAUUACCAUGGCAACCAUCAAGCUAACCAUCACCAGGAGCCUCACAACCGUUUGCAGUCUGAACUGGAAAUGGAUGUACACCAGAGCAGUCUGGAUUGUGAUGUUGAAUCCAUUCUCCUGAACGACUUCAUGGACUCAGCAGAGGGAAUAGACUUUAACUUUGACAGGUCACUGUCACAGGGUGUUGGCAUGGGGAUGGGUUUGGGGAUGGGAAUGGGAAUGGGGGCAUUUGUGGGUCCUCAACAAUCACACAACAGCCAGAGCUGGGUUCCUGGAUGAACUCUGUUGAGAUUAAGGACCUACAUAUAGGCAAUCCAUCAACCCGUACAGCCUUCUGAAGGGCAGCAGGUCAAUUCGGGGACUCAAAUAAACAGUUUGACCAAGAUUCCCUUUUGCUGAUGUCAGAUUCUUGACUCAUAGUUAUACCCUGCCCCCCUAAAAUCCUCCCCCUCCUUCCUCUCACUGUAUUUUCCCUGCUGUGGAAUAAUGUCAUAGAGCCUUAACAGUCCUUUCUGUGGUUCAUGUCCUUCAGUUUGUGCUCUAUUCAUCACCUCCAUCUCUUAAAUGGGCAAAAGCUCCAAAGCACUUUACAUCUGUCGCCAUCCAUUCUGAUGCUGUAACGAUCACCCUGCGACCUGGAAGAAAAUCACAUUGUCCACUGGCCUGGGUUUAAUGUAUGCAAACGACUUUGUUAUCCUUCCUGAAAAAAUAAAUAAAAAAGCGUUGGUGUCGUUUUGCUAAACACGAGUACAGGAUUGAACAGUUGCUAUUGCUGUCUGAGUGUCUGUGCCGUCAUUUGUGUAUUUGUCAUUGUGUGCAGGUUGUGUGAGUGUGGAACUGCUUUUCUUUGGUAAAUGUACAUACCUCCUCCCAAGGAAGUCUAUUGGAUGUCCCUUUAUUGUGGGCCAGGACAGUCAUCCAUCAGAUACACUCUAUUGAUAUUCAACAUAUCCUUUUUAAUCUCCGAAGUAAUGCACCAGCUAUGCAUCACUGUUGCAAAUAGAAUGUGAUGCUCGGAGUGAACGGGGCUGUUUUUCCCCCGGACACACAGCAACUUAAUGUGUUUUGGCGAAAGUGAUGAUUAAAGUCACUCUGCAGUAAGUGAGUGUGGGGGAGUAUGUGUGUGUGUGUGUGUGUCGGGGGGGGGGCACUUGAAGAAAGUAGGGAGGCCAGAGAUAGUGGAGGAAUAGGAGAAAUGCAAAUAUUCUCUCUAUGCCCCCUUUCUCUCCAUUCCAUGAAUUUAUAAAGCUUCCGCUAUAAUGAAAUAAUGAAUGAUCCAACACUACUGCACAUCCUGUGCAGGGCUCUUUCCUGGUUCACCUCAGCUUAGCUACUCUGUGGCCACCUUCCUCCUUCAGCAGCCAAUGCACUGGCUUCAUUAGCACCCUCCAUUAUCAUCCUGCCUAUGCAGGGUUACUUUAGGUAAUCAAUGCUGAUUGAUCACAUUUGAAGCAUUGUCAGUCCUCAUUAACUGUGCGUUCAUUUAAGACAGAGCUGGAAUUUGGAAAUGUAUCUUAACUUUGCAUCAGCUUGACAAAGUAAUUAUUGGAUAGUAGUGCUACCUCAAGGUUGUAGGAAAAGCAUCUCAUAUCUGGCUCCAUGUCACAACAACUUUACAGAAUGACUAUACUCCACCAUCUUCCAGAACUUUUGUGUCCUACACCAUUGAACUGUGUGCUGAUUAUUUCAGUCAGCAAGCAAAAAAAAUGGUGCUAUCUUCUCUUUGCAGGCUUUGCAGGUCCUAUCAUAUUGCCCUUAUCCAGUGAUUACACAGACUCGAGUAAUUAAGUGCGAGUGUGUAUUUUCUCAUUCUGAAUGUAACAUAACACCAAGAUUUCUGAGGGAAAGACUACUCUAAUUAUGAGGUGAUUUGGUGAGGUUUGAGGAAAUAUAUGGGCCACAUUUAGGCAUCUAAUUCCCAAUUGUCUUAUCCUAUUAUGGCCACUAGACAUAGAGGGAGAGGACAAAAUAAUGGAAACAUUCACUUUGAAAGAAUUAAAUCACUGUUACAAAUGAAGGAUAAAACCAAAUCUUUUAGGCUGAUUCUUAAUUACAAAACAUAUUAGAUGUCAAAGAGGUCUGACUGCUAGCACGGAAGGAACAUGAGGCAACUAAUAGAUUUUCAGUGACGGCGAAGAGUCAGUGCCUAAAUUGCUCAAACAUCCGUUUGGUCAAGGGGGACAGGCUCAAAAAUAAUUACUAUUUGCCAAACAUGGAAAAUCUGCAUUGGCAAAGAGAAAGUCAAUGCUCUCAGACAAUCAGAAAUGUACAAAGUACAGCCUUAAAAAUUACCACAUGAAUCAGCAUCUCUCUGCUUAAGCAUCAACAAAUGCCAUUUUAUGAAAUCAGAUAGGUAACAUUACUGUUUCCCCACAAUAUUCCAUGAUUCCAGGAGUAUAGUACCUCCAUGCACACUACUAAACGAAUUCAAUACUGAUUUCUUGACUACCAGGUUAAAGUUGUAAUCCAUGGCCAGUCAUCAAAUCUGACCACUGUCAAACCUUAAUGUAAAGCUCUGGAGUGCAGAGAGUAGAUUCCACUGUCUUUAUUAAAUAUGUGAAGGCUUUCAACACUCCAAGAAGAAAUAAAAUGUUGUGAAGGUAACAACUACUUAUUAGGUCCUUGAUAUUCCUAUAUGUUUUGGUAUCUCAGUUAUUUUGUCUCCUCUUUGUAUCUUUAUUUGCUUUGGUCGACCAUUAUUAAUGUGAUGUAAAGUGCAUCUUUCCCCCUUUUUGAUGCUGUCAGGUGCUUGCUCAGAGGCUGAAAAACUGCCCACAGAUAUACGACUUGGAUGCAAUCUUUAUGUUCUGCUUAAAAUUUGAUGAGAAAAAACAUGGAGAAAGAAAUGGGUAGGGUGGUUACAAAAGAGAAAAACAUCUGACAGAGAAUGAGUUGAAAAGGACAGCACUAGGUUGAGUGAAAAAUAAAUUGUGUAUGUGUGUUUGUGUGCAUGAGAGAGUCAGUCAGAGUAGCUUCCUUCAGCAGAGCUGUUUGAAUCAGGCCAAAUGUCAAGUGGCUCUUCACAGCGUUUAUCACACGGCCUGAUCAGAUAGCCAUCCCUCUUUUGCACUCUCUCUCUCUCUCUCUCUCUCUCUCUCUUUCCUGCCAAGGACAAUGAGUCCUGUCUUCAUCCCAUUCUCUUUCAUUCCCAUCUUUAUGUUCUUUUCAUGGUGGCCAGGAAUCUGUUGUUAUCCAGCUGUGAUUUUGAUUGCUGGCCCACGCUUGCCUCUGUACUCAGUUUCAUGUGUGUGUGUGUGUGUGUGUGUGUGUGUGUGUGUGUGUGUGUGUGAGUAUGUGUGGGUCUAGCAAAGUGACGUACCUGAAAUGAGUAUGAAAAUUAACUGAAAAUGUGCCCUGGUAUUUACUAUGCCUGGCUAUCAAUAAUAUAAUAUACACAGUUUAUAUUUAUUGGGUAUAAAGAUGGGUUUGUGGGUGACAGUAUUGAGCUCCUGUAUCCCAUCCAUUUAUAUGACAAGAUCAUGAUUCUAUUACAGUUCAUUUCUGUUUCAUGCUGUACAAAUAUAUGGAUUGAGAAAAUUGUAUAAUAUUUUUUGACAAGCAAAUAUCAGUUUUAUUUCUUCUUUUUUUAAUGAUGUAUCUGCUCAUCUUGUGGCUUGUAAAAUAAAACA